UUGACCAUACGUGGUUACAUCUUACAUCGGUACUAAGUGUGUACCGUCAGCUAACUGACCAUAAAUUACCAUGCACAAAAACUACCAAACGUGCGUUUUAUUUUAACACGCUCAAAAAAUCUAUAUUCCACAAAUCUUUCAGUUUUUACAAAAAAUUGCAUUGAGCGUAUACAAACUGUGCCUUGUCUUCUCAAUUGCUGGUCUGAAUCAGGCUGAAUUUUUUAACAAGGAAGGAACACAAAUUGCUCGAACAAAAGAAUACCAGAAAUUCAAAACUUAGGGCCAAUGGAACUCGGUGUGUGAGGUUUUUUAAAUUGACGAAUUCCAUUAUUGCAUAAGUGAUCAUUGUUUUUAUGAAAUCAUGGUUUAUCCGACGUUUCACAAACAUUCGGCCGAUUCCCUGUUCGAAGGUGUGAUCAAAUUGGACUCCCUAGCUUCCCAAUCAAUCAAUGUAUGUUACCUUCUGGACGUGUCUGGAAGUAUGUAUCUGGGACAUGACCUCGUCAGAAAACACCUGGUUGAUCACCUAAUCAACAGAGCUGACAUAGAAAACGUGAGAAGAAUCCACUUCGUAGAGCAGAACCAUCAUCUCAACCACAACAACAACAACUCGGCCAAAAAACCGAAAGCCUUUCGUGCCUCUAAGUUCAACGUGAUCGCCUUCUCGGAUGUCCUGUUUCCGUGGAGUGACGAAGGGGUCCAUCUCACUCGGGAGAGCGUGAUGGUGUGCGCCCAGUGGGUGAAACAGAACCUCAAGGUCAAGUCGGGUCCAUCCUAUUUCCUGCCCAGUCUCAUGUUUGCACUGAAGGACAGCCAAAUAGACGAGGUCGUGCUUAUAACAGACUCCUUACCCGCAGACCGAAAUUUACCCGACACUCUCGCCCGAAUCACAGUCGCAGCCAAAGGACGACCAGUGCACACAAUACUCGUGCAAACGCCUCCAGAUCCGAACGAUGAGACUAGAAAGUUGACCAAUCAGGACGCAGAAUGCGAGUCGUUUUUAAGGAAGCUAACGCAGGCUACCGGGUCCGUGCUUCGAAAGGUCAAAAUCGACGCGAGCGGAAAAUUUUUUGAUGACGUCACUUUGGUGCGAGAGUCAAGGUAUGAUCAGAAGAGAACCGAAAGUGGCAGAAACUUUGUCGAAAACGGAGUCGGAGAUAAUUUAGAUGGGACUACUUUUCUGAUGACAGAGAGUACUGGUUGUCAUGUCUGUCCAUCAAUGUCCAAUUGUGCUCACAUUCCCACCUGGAGGACUAUGAAAAAGAGACAUUUACAGAUGCCAGAUGUUCCCUCGGAGGGAGCUGCCAGUCUACUGAUAGGACGAGAGGUAUUAGCCAGAAGAAAUGCGGACGGGUUCCACUAUUUGGGGACUGUUGCCGAAAGGUCGCUGAACAUCUCCAGAUUUUACGUGGAGUUCCCGGAUCCAAAAAGUGAGCAGCCUCAAAUAGAGGAGAUAUCUCUGAAGGAUAUUGUCAACUUCGAGGACGGCAUCCGGAACCCAGUCAGAGAGGGGGACAGAGUACUCGCAUCAGUCGGGGGCUCCAGAAAGGGGAAAUUUGUGGCAGGAACUGUUAUAGAGGGGGAAGACAUGCGAAAUAGUUUUGACUGCCAAAACGACAGCGAGCUAGCAGUUGCAUUUUGUACUGGCGAAUCCAAAGAUGUGUCCAGUAACUUUGUGGUCAAAAUACCCCAAUCUAUGUUCGAUCUGCUAUCCCUGGAGAACGGGGCUUCUCCUAACGAGAGAAGGAGUCUUCAGCUGGCCAGAGAUCAGAUGGAGGUCGAGAGGAAAGCGAAAGAGCCUAUUUGUGAAGGGUACACUAUCAAACCGGACUCAUGUCACGGAGUUUCGUGUUGCCAUGGUUACAUUCCAGUGUGCACUGGUGCAAAGUACUACACCAAGUACCCUGUCUCAGUACCCUCUACUUGUAUGAGUCACCAGAUAGCAUCUGAUAGCCAGGACAUUGUUCUCACUAGUGUGAAAGACAGCUUCGUUCACGCCAAGGAUCUGAACUUGAAUCCUCCUAUGAUGGAACCAAAUAACGAAAGAUAUCCUCAGCCCUUCAACAGAGAGUCAAAGGACGGCUGGUCUCUCUACCAGCCACGUGACCCCAAAGAUGACCCCUGCUGCUGUCAUGCUGAAGGGGAGGGGAACCACUGUUGCAUGCACUGCGACAGCCAUACAGUCCAUGAUUUGAUUGACAGUGACGAUGAAUAUGAUGACCUAUUGGGCGAUAUCAGCAAGUGGGGAGAUAAAAAGGAUGCUGCUACUAGCACCGACAUCAACCUAAUCUGCCCCCCUUUCGUGGCCGUGGAAAAGAGGCCCCCCUGGAGGUACUGGAAGAGGAAGAAGUACGAGGCCUCCCCCCGCUCCCAGCCCUCCUACUACGCAGAGACUGUUGAGUACCCCGCCACACGAGAAAUAUCCAUUCAAGAUACAUCUGGAAUAACUGGCAGGAAAAGUGUAAAUUACAUUCCAAACGAUGAACAUCUCAACGAGCAAAAUGACUCGAACGCCGAUCAACAGCAGCAAGCUUACGACCAAAACGGCUUUUACAGUUCUUCUUUCUACGCGCCCUAUCCUUACUAUUAUCGGGAAGAGGAGUACAGUUGCAGGGAGGAUAGAAGUUACUAUCCCCCUCUUCCUCGUCCUCAGCCAAAACUGGAUUAUGGAAAAUACUUGACAGCAGAUGAGAGACUGAGCGUGCUGGCUCGGUCGCUGAAUCUAGAUGCACAAGAGAAAGUGAUGAAAAGGAAUAACAGAGUCGAUUUCAAACUAGAAGAGCCAAAGCAGAACAACUACGAGAGUCAGCAGAGAGAACAGAUGCGAAAAAUGACUCAAAUUACACAGCCAUCUGAGCAGGAAUCUAGAGCCAACCACACGCGGGACCACUGGUCCUACGAGACGAACAAAUACUUCGAUGAGGUCAAAAGAAAUUUGGGCAAACAGAAACAACUGCGAGGAGUACAGGGAAAUCAUGUGAGGACUCAUAUAGAAAAUCAGACGAUACACGACUUGGAGAACCUUGAUAAAUUCUCAUAGAUAAAAUAAAAGAAAACAUAUUCGAAUUUAGGCUCAAUUUUUAAAAUUAAAGCAAGGUCAAGUUAGCGCUGAUUCAAAAUAUCCGGUAGAAACAAAUACUUGAAACGCGCUUUUCCCAAAUUGUGUUGACUUUAUAUUAAAA